AUGGCGGAGAAUAGAAGUUCGGACAACGUCGUUAUGCCGGACAUUACCGAAGUAGCCGAGUCCGAUCCCCUGGCGACAGCAGCCGAGCGCGAUACCGAUUGCUCUGAUGGCAAUUCUGUUUUGUCUGCAGGAAUCAAAACUGUUCGACGACCGAGUGAUACAAAUGGGGUAGUUUCUGUGCCCGUGUCAUUACCAGUAGGUGCACUCAUUGCAGGCACUACUUUUAAUGUCAUAACAUCUGAACAAUUACAGCACUUCAAGCCUAUGAUAUGCGUCGAUAAUGGUUUUAUAUCUGGUGGAUCAGUUCCGGAAGACAUCAAGCAGACUCAUAUUGUGAUUCAAAAUACGUCUUCACCACCUGUGCGUGAGUCAAAAGACCACGAAACGGCAAACAAUUCGUCGUCAUCUGGUAGGUUUACGAGCAAUCGAUCAUGGGUCGAAACUGCAAAUAUGCCUGUUCUUCCUAUUAGGUGCAAAAACACCUCUGCAGAACUUCAUAAACAAAAGUUAGGUUCUGGGGGACGGGGUAGAUGUAUUAAGUAUGGCAUGGAAUGGUACACACCUAGUGAAUUUGAAGCUCUUUGUGGUCGAGCAUCAAGCAAAGAUUGGAAAAGGUCAAUAAGAUUUGGUGGUAGAAGUAUACAAACCUUAAUUGACGAGGGAAUACUUAAACCACAUGCUACAAGCUGUACCUGUGGAGCUUGUUGUGACGAUCAAACAGCUAUGGGUCCUGUAAGACUUUUCGUUCCAUAUAAAAGGAAAAGGAGAAAUCAAGAUGGAACAGAUGAGAAAAAAGUAAAAGUUAAACUUGAAUCAAUAAGUGAUGCGGAGGUGGAUAAUAUUCACCAGACGAGUAGUAACAGUCAUUCCAAAGAGGCUUGGCAAACUAUAGCUGAGGGACUCGAAACAAAUGCUGAUUACCAUUUGCUAGAUAGUCCUGAAACCAAUCCAGAUCCUAUAGUGGCGCCACCUGACAUGAAAAAAGUGAUGAAACGCUUAGAAGAUAUUGGGCAAAGUCUGAUUCGGCUUUCAAAUGAGCUGAAACAAUGUGUUGAUGAAGUGAAACUGGUCAGUAACAGGCAGUUGGAGAGGUUCGAGCAGGAAAGGGCUUCAGCAAUCAUCGCGGCCAGCGUUGACGCUCAAGUAGAAGCUGAUCAGGUCUCACUUCAUAAUGUUGAAGAAUCAGAACCCAAAACGUGCGUAAACUGUAACCGCGAGGCCUCGGCGGAGUGUUCACUCUGUCGACGGACACCAUAUUGCUCAACGUUUUGUCAGAAGAAGGAUUGGGCGUCCCAUCAAAUUGAAUGCUUACGAUCGGUGCCAACCAUUCAUACUGACAGCCAGCAGCAUCAGUCAAUUAUGUUGAUUGUAGAGAGUCAACCACAA